AUGAGCAACUAUCCUCGUAGGAGCGCUCGAAUCUCAUCACAUUCGCAACAAGAACCACUUCAGCAGAGAAGCGCCAAUCUCUCUGCUCCUGUUCUCGCCAAUAACCUUUCACAGCCCUCAAGUACCUCGACGAGUUCUCAUCCAAGUCCGAUCAGUGACGCUCUUAAUCCUCCUCCACCACCGCCCACGCCCCAGCAGCCCCAGCCUCACCUUCAGAUACAGUCGCAUUUCAUGUCCCAUCAACCACAACAGCAGGCACACCUGCACGCUCCAUUACCAUCACCCUCAACGGCAGACAUGGAACCUUUCUUUGGCCGUCCUCAUUCCCAGCCAAAUCCAUACACAGCGCAACAAAUGCACCUUGGCUAUCCUGCCCAACGGCGCCAGCAACAGCCUUUUGCUGAACAACCACAAAUAAAUCAAGAUAUGCAGAAGCAUCAACUACAUCCACAUACAAACUCGAUAGCAGAGGGCCAUCCUGCCCAUACACACCCCUUGAAUCCAGGACAGCUGCCUCCCGAUUUUCUGGCCGAGGCCGCAAAACGCGCUCAGAUGGCUUGUUUAAUGCGAGAUUUCGGAGACGUAUCAUUAUGA